AGCACUAAUGAUACACCAAAGAAAACAUCAAACAAGAAAUAAUCUAUUGUCUCCUUUUCUUUGCAAAAACAAAACUGUAUUGAAUCAAAAUUUCAAAAAUCUAUAUAGUAAAGAGAGAUGGCGAGUAUCAUGAAGAUAAUGAUGAGUAUGGCUCUGUUAGUGAUCGGUGUGAAUGCAAUGUCUAUUGACGAGUGUAAAAGAACGACAGGGUGCCAAAAUCAAUGUGACCUCUUCUACAGAAGUGUUGCAUGUGGUGAUUGUCUCCUUCAAUGCGCCUACCCUCUAAGUACGAGCAAAAUUGAUAAACGGGCUUUGUGUUUUAGGAACUGUGAUGUUGCUCGUCGACCUCACAAUAACUGCUACCAACGUUGUAUUGAAUAAGCUUAACAUUUUACCCAAAAAAAAACGUUGUAUUAAACACUGUCCACGAGCCUUGA